CUAAUAGGAACGAGAGAAGGCUCUUCAUGCGUGUGUCUAUCAGUCUGUAUUUGCUUUGGAAAAAUUCAGGAGUUGUGGAUUACAAAGACUGCAGGGCAUUAAGAGCAUUUUGGAACAUUUUUUUUUCUUGGAUAAGAGUUCCCAAAGAGCAAAUACAAUCAACAAGUCAGUGACUGAACUUACGGGCUGUCAAUAUGUAGCAUUAGUGCAUCUCUCCUGCAUGCUCUUUCAACUUCGCUAAUAUUUGAGGUUUAAUUCCUUAGUGAUACUAGUAACAAUGUGGUGAUAGAUGAAGAAUUCUCAUACUGUGAGAAUAAUUCUGAAGAAAAGAGCCUUUCUAUAGUAUUUCUGAAGUGUUGCAUUCAUUGUGUCAGUCCUUGUUCUGUAUAAGUAGUUUACUAAUUUGGGAAGUCAAAGGGCUACAUGGCCCAUAUUGCAGAGUGCCCCAGCCUUUCAGAGUCAAUAAUUCUUAAUUUCUUUAUAAAAAAAGCUCAGUAAUGCAAAUUUUCUCAAUUUUGUAUGAAUUUUUGAUUUAUUGUUAUUACUAUGAAAGCAUUUUUAACCUUACUCAUCUGCAUUGUAUAGGAGGAAUGUGGAUCUGAAUGGCACUCAGCAUUUUUAUAGAUGUUCAAAAAAGCUGCACUGUAGGAAAAAUAUUUGCCUUUUACAUAUGUGGAGUUGGAAAGCCUAACUCCAUAGUUAACCCUAAUCCAUAAUCCAUUAGGAGAGGCAUUUUCAUGAUAGAAAGAUAGAUAAAUGCAGAACUAGUGUCUGAUAUAAUUUUUCUGGCAAUCAUCUGUUUCAGUAUUGAUAAAAUAAGUUCUAUUUCUACUUGACUACUAAAUACAGUGUUCAAGUAAUUUUAGGAAAUGCUACAUUUAAAUACAUCCCCCAUCACCAAAUAGGAGAGGAGAUGCAAAUUUGUGAGCUGCUUUUAACUUUUCUGAAAGAUGCUUUGAUGUAUGGUGAAAUAAUCUCUAAAUGAAUGUUGAAGUUAAUUGUAAAGGGAGGCCAAGCAAAGAGAUCAAUAGAACUAUAUACGAAGCUAAAACGCUUUUAAACAGGAAACAGUUAUUUAAAGCACUAGUAUAGAUAGAUUUAAGGUUUAGAAACAAUAUGCAUGUGGUCAUUCAGGAAUAUAAGAACACCACACUCAGUUCAAACACUGCUAAGAGUCUCUGUUACUGUCCGUAUUUAAUCGUAAAUUUAAAAUCCUGGCAUGAUAUUUUGCUCAAGCUUCCCCCACCCCACCUGUUUUCUUUUCUUCCCUCUAGAUUUAUGGCAUACACCAUGGUGCAUCUGUGCUGGAAGCUGUCCAUCUGCUUUUUCUACUAUCAAGUUGUCUCAGGAAGAGUCAGGAGGGAGGGGCAUUAUGUUGCCGCCGUGUAUGAGCACGAGUCCAUACUGAGUCCCAACCCGACAGCCCUGGUGGAUCGGCGCUCCGCGCUGGAUCUCAUGGGCAAGAACCUCGACAUCUACGAGCAGCAAGCAGUGGCUGCUGCCAGACAGGGGGCACAGAUCAUUGUUUUUCCUGAAGAUGGAAUCCAUGGCUUCAACUUCACCAGAAGCUCCAUUUAUCCUUACUUAGAUUUCGUUCUGCAUUCGCACUCUGGGAAGUGGAAUCCGUGCAGAGAGCCCUAUUUGUUCAAUGACACAGAGGUUAUUCAGCGUCUGAGCUGCAUGGCACUGAAGAACAAAAUAUUCCUUGUGGCAAACUUAGGAACUAAGCAGCCCUGUGAACACACUGAUCCUCACUGUCCACCUGAUGGAAGGUACCAGUUCAACACCAACGUGGCGUUCGAUGACGAUGGUACCUUGGUAGCCACUUAUCGCAAACACAACCUGUAUUUCGAAUACGCUUUUGAUACCCCUCCAGAGCCUGAUUAUAAACACUUUGAUACCCCUUUUGCUGGCAAGUUUGGCAUGUUCACUUGCUUUGAUAUACUCUUUUUUGAGCCUGCAGUGAACCUCAUCAGACAAUACAAUUUGAAACAAAUUGUAUAUCCAACUGCCUGGAUGAACCAGCUCCCGCUCUUGUCUGCUGUAGAAUUUCAACAAGCUUUUGCAACAGCUUUCAAUGUCAAUAUUUUAGCAGCUAAUAUCCACCACCCUACCUUGGGCAUGACAGGGAGUGGGAUAUACACUCCAGUCAAAUCCUUCAUCUACCACAACAUGGAAAGUUAUGGUGGCAAGCUCAUAGUAGCAGAAAUUCCUGUGAUUACCACGGAUCAUGAAACCAAUUUGGAGAGUAAUGAAAGAUUCAGAGUGAACUUACAUGACUCAUGCAGGACUUUUACGAGCACCUUGCUGGAUGAUCAAGUUUGCUUUAAGGAGCAAGAAGAGACUCCUGGCAGAGUAUCUGAAAAAGGAAAUGAACAGUUACCUCCCCCAUUUUAUGCAGAAAUGAUGUAUGACAACUUUACUUUCGUUCCUGUAUGGGGGGAAAAAGGACAGCUCCAGGUUUGUGCCAAUACCCUUUGUUGUUACUUAAAUUAUCAGAGAGCUGUUUUAACUGAUGAAUUAUAUGCUUUGGGAGUUUUUGAUGGGCUCCAUACAGUGCAUGGCACAUACUAUGUCCAGGCCUGUGCGUUAGUGAAGUGUGGUGGUCUCAGCUUUAGCACUUGUGGACAGGAGGUUACAGAUGCCACUGCUCUGAUAGAUUUCCAGCUAUGGGGAAAUAUGAGUACCCCUUACAUCUUUCCUUUGCUGCUGACGUCUGGUAUUACCUUGGACUUUGCUGAUCACAUGGGCUGGAAAAACAACCACUAUUUCAUGAGCAAAAAUAGAACAUCUUCUGGCCUUCUGACAGCUGCUCUGUAUGGACGAUGGUAUGAAAAGGACUAGCACAGAUAUUUGAGUCAGAAAACAACUGCCCGUACGUUCAGAGUAUUUAUCUUAACAGAAGUUGUUGAACAUCCACACUUCCUAGAGGUCCAGGUGUGUUUGUUAAAUGACUCACUGAUUAGGUUCCACAUUUGAAAUGAUAAGCAAAGCACCCUAAGAAUCUGUAAGUACAGUCUGUACUGCGGUAGCUUAUGUCUUACCAGAAGGGAAAGAACUGCCUUGCAAAGAUAAAGGCUUGCUGUAAUUUGGUGAGAUGUUUUAUAUGGGGAAAACAGCUCAUUUCAACUGAAUUUGUUCCUUUUAAUUUAAUCCUUUCAUUUUCUGGUGUUCUGGCUUGGAGUAUGGAAAUGAAUGGAAUGGAAAACUGUUGCAAGAGAAAAAAAAAAGGGAAGGAAGACACAAAUACUGCGUGUGACAUGCACAAAAAUAUGUAGGUAUACAUACAUAGAGCUUGUAUGUGCUGAGGUUCUGAUUUUUGGUUAGGGUGCCAUGAUUCUUUUUUUUUCUUUCUUCUUUUUCUUCUUUUCUUUUCUUUCCCUGCUAAACUCCCAGUUUUUUCAUAUGCUUUUAGCAGUAUCUGAAUGUUACAGUUGUAAACAUCUACAGAAUAUCUAAUCUGGGGAAGAGGAUAUCAAAUGCGUGUGAAAAACAAGACUGCAGUAAGACACAAUUCCCAAGAAAUUAUGUUUACACAAAACAUUGGCGAUGAAUAUCAACAACAUAUCUUAUGUACUGUUUGAGUACUUUAACUUCCCCUGUUUAGAAGAGAGGUAGGCCAUUUCAAGACUGUUUUGACUUUAAGACGUCUUAACCAUUGUUCAUGAAUUUAUUCAAGAGGAGUUAGGAAAAGCACAUAACGAACUGAGGGACAGCAAGGCUUUUACAUCAGUGCUUCAUGUACCAGAUGGCAGGCUCGUGCUGCUGAGUGAGGAAAACACACCAUUCUUUCCAGGGCAAUAACUAGAUUAAGUGCUAUAACUGUUCUACUGCAGUGAAGAAGCCGGGAAGAAAAUAUUCAAAGGAUAUUAAUUUGGCGUUAAAUUCAGACAGGUUAAUGCAUUCUCAAGCAUUGUAAUGGUAUGUGGUCUUACUGACUGUUAUGACUUCAUCUGCUAAUAGCUGUUGAGUAAUGGAAUAAACACAACUGUUCCUUUGGUCCAGUC